AUGAAAAAUAUUACCUUAAUCGGGCUUUUAGCAGCUAUUGCUUUAAUCUCGGCUUCUACUUAUAUUAUUGUUUCUAAAAAAAGUCAUCCUAUAGUACAUCCUCCUGUACAAGAACCUGGAAAUUUUGCCCUUUAAUUAGAUGUUUGCACAUAAAUUACUCAAAAAAAUGAUAAAACUCGCACAGUUUAUUAUCUUAGAAACUAAUGCUAAGAUCCUCAAAACUACGACAUAACUUAUCAAUUAGAAGAUGGAUCCUUAGAACACCAAUAUCUUACUUGCUUACCUAAGAACGCCCUAGCAGCUUUGAGCAUCUCAAGUACUCUUCAAUUAAAGUCAUUUGCUGCCUCCAAAUGUUGA